CAUUUUAUAAAUGGGGAAGUGAAGCACAGUGACAUUAAAGGCAAACUCCUAGCCCUAGAUCACAAAAGAGCAGCAAGGAGGAAGAGGAUGCUAUGUAUAGGAGAGUGUAGGGAUGCUUUAUUGUAUUUUCUUUUUUUUUCUUCCAUUUUUCCUUCAGUUGAUUAAAAGUCCAUUAAUGAGAUGCUAACGCACUGUUUAUGUGCGGAGAGACUGUGAAUACUGGAUAUACAGCAUCCUUGAACAGAAGGAUUUUCAGAAGGGUGCCCGGCAGAAGAAUAAUUGUUUAUAAAAAUGCUAAAAGCAUAGCAGAAAGUUGCCAUGGCUAUUCUAUUUAAUUUUUUUUUAAAUAAUCUUUGCUGGAAAUCAUUUGACCUUUACAUAUCUUCUUUUAUAUCUGGGUUUUCCUGUUGUUGGCUAUUUAAAAAAAAAAAAAAAAACAUUAGAGGAACUUGAUUAGGAAAGAGGAUGUUUUAGUUUGGUAAUGGCAAAGUGUCAAAAUUCUGGUAUCGCCACCUGCAUGUAUUUUUUCCUUUGAAAUCCUUUUUGGACACCUUUGGGCCACGUUUAACUUGUUUUUUGUAUUAAACAAAUUAAAUUUUUCUUUUCCAAUGUUAUCUAUCACAUUAUUUUGGACCAGUAUUAUAUUGUAAAUAUUUUACAUUAGUGUACAUAAAUGAUUUUACUAAAUUUAAAAGAUUUCUGGCUUCUGUUUCGUAAAUAGGAAGUCACAUGGUUUUUUAUAAAAGCUAAAAUAAACCAAGCAGAAUAACACAAACAUAGAAUGUGGUUGUACUCACAGCAUCUGAGGAGUGCUAUGAGUCUUUAUUCUUUGUAAAGUGCUUUGAGUAGCUUAGAGGAAAAGGACUGUAUUUAAAAGUAAGCUACAAAACUAGACUAGACAAAGCACCUACAAAAAUAUAGUAGGUAUCAAUCUUGCCCUGGUAACAGUGGGCAAAUAAAAUGAAACUUCUCUUCUUGAAUUACUAUGGGACCUACUAGUAAGUGCCAGUAGCAUGCAUUUAGUAAUAUACAUUUAGUCCCAUUCCUUGAGAGUAUCUUAUGUGAUUUAGCUGUAAGUGAUAAAAUUGGGGAGGGCAAAGAAUAUGUCUGUACUCCAGUAGCUAGGGCCACAUGUAACUGUAACAAAUCUCACCUCGCCUUUUAUACCCGGUAACUCACCCUAUAAGGGAAUCCUUGGAAACCAGUAAUUCUUGUCUCCUUUUUCCUUUAAUAUACAGAUGUGAAAAUGUUGUUCUUCUUAAACAAAACCAGGGAGGAAAGGGUGGUACCGCAUGAUUCAGAGUACCGGUAGCUGAGAGUUUGGGACCAGAACAGUGUUUCUGGUGGGAACCAAUCAGAAAAUUGCAUCGUAACAUUUCCAACAGAGCUUUGUCCAAGGUUUUGAUCCACUCCAGCCGUUAUCCCACUCACUGACAUUUCUCCUUGCCCUUUAGGUUAAUAAACUCAUAAAAUGUAGACUAUAAUACAGGGAAGUAUAUCAGUUCGACAUUGCCAGAGCCCUAGGAGAACGCAACCAGAGGAGGGGAUGACAUUGAUUGUCCAAAGCUGUAUUCUGAUGCAUCUCAUUCAGAUACAGAAGAACCCAAAUGACCAAACCUCACUUCAAAACAAACUGCUUUCGUGCCCAGGUCCCAUUAAUUGAGUGUGGCCCAAUGGGUGUGUCAGAUCCUAUGCGAAUGCCUCUUGACUGGUGGAGGGAAUACAUUUUAAGGAAAGAAAUUUCUGUUUACAAUAAAAAAAAAGGCAACAUCCGAUUAAAUUCUUAAUGAGGAGGCCCGAAGAGCCAUCCGUGCUUUGGACCAGUGCCCCGCGCUAGUCUCCUGCCGCGGAAUGUUCACGUUCAAAGCGGCGCAAACGGAAACGGCCGCCCGUUGCGCCACUCCCCGCCAGGAGUGCAACAGGACCAUCUGAAACCAGCCUUUCCUCCCCUUGCUUUAGAGCGCAGCAUUUCCUUUCAUUUUGCCAAGGCUUGUUGGAUUUUCUAUGCUAUGUAAGUCGGCUUUCUGGUCAGCCUUUUUCUUUCUGGUAUGUAACAUUUGCCCCUGCACUAUGGAAAUGCUUUGGAAAGUAUGAGGGUGGGGAGAGGCCCAUGGAAAUGUAUUUAUACAAGGGAGCAGAAUAUGCUACGUGUUACCUGCGGCUGACCUAAGAGACAGGUAAAAGCAGAUGGGAUACAGCUGUAUUGUUACAGCUAAGUUGAGGAGGGAAGCAGCCGGCAGAGGAUGUGGAGAGGAGAGAAAUUGUGAGAGGCGUCAUCUAUUCCACUGGAAAACCUUGGGCUAUAAUGGCACCUCUCUGUGACCAACUUGGUGGUGGUGCACUCGAUCUAACUUAACCCAAUGUUUCCUUUCUCUGCUCCAGGUUGGGAGGCAGUGCCCAUGGAUCAGAUCCAGAGGCCAGUAGGACUAAUGUGGACGUGGUUCAGAGCAGAGGGUGGAGCGCAGGAGACUGGGGUGCUCCUUGGAUUGGGAGUCCCUAUUAUGCUACUGGGGCUGUUUCUUCCCAGCACAGACUGCAGCCCGCAUCCGCCUCCAGGAUUUGCUUCCUAUGAAGUAAUUGUUCCAAGGAAGUUUGCAUCAAAGGAAGGAAACGCUGCCAAGGAUGAAAUGUCCUAUGUCAUCAAGGUGGAAGGGAGGAAUCAUAUUGUUCACCUGAAGCAGAAAAAAGGAUUUAUAGUAAAAAAUUUACCAGUCUACACUUAUGACCCCCAGGGGAGGCUGUUGGUAGAUCACCCCUCCAUUCCAGAGGAUUGCUACUAUCAUGGGUAUGUAGAAGAUAGCCUGGAGUCUCUUGCGGUCCUCAGCACCUGCUCAGGACUGAGAGGUUUGCUCCAGAUUGGGAGCUUGCAGUAUGCCAUUGAACCUGUGGAGAGCUCCUUGAUAUUCCAGCACCUUCUCUAUCGAAUAGGGGAGGCCGGUCCUGAGCCUGCAGCGUGUGAACCAACAGAUAGAGAGAUGGAAAAGCAAACUGCUGAAGUGAUGGAGGCUAGGAAGCAGGCAUCAAAGAAACCUUUUGUGUGGGGGCAGACUAAAUACCUCGAGUUUCUUGUAGUGGUAGACAAACAACGAUACGACUAUGCUGACAAAAAUAUGACUAAUGUGGUACUGUCAGUGAUUGAAGUAGUGAAUUUGGCGGAUGAAUUUUUUUCUUCCCUUCGUCUUCGCAUUCUGCUGACCGCAUUAGAGGUUUGGACAGACGACAAUCCAAUCAAAAUAACAAAGAACGUGGCUGAAGUUCUGCAUAAUUUCAACAUUUGGAGAAAAGCUCAGCCACUUGCACGUGUGCCACAUGAUGUUGGACACCUGUUUUCAUUUAACGAUUUUGGAAAAGUUCAGCAGGACAAAUUGACUGCAAAAUCCUAUCAUUACAGUGCCUGUGACCUGUCACGUGCAUCAGCUGUGGUAUCAUUCAUCGACAGUCCUGUAAAAAACUUUGCUCUGCUUGUUGCUCAUUUGCUGGGACACCAGGUUGGUAUGGUGCACGAUGGACAAGCAUGUGCAUGUGGCAAUUCAUCUUUCUGCAUCAUGGACCCAGCUCGUAGGGAAGUCUAUCAAUUCAGUAACUGCAGUGAGAGAUACUAUCUUAACUUCAUGCGUCAAGGCAAGGGAAACUGUCUGAAUAACCUUCCAGAGACUGGGGUAUUUUUUCUAAUGCGGCGCUGCGGUAACCAGAUUGUAGAAGAAGGAGAAGAAUGUGAUUGUGGCUCUGAGAAGCAGUGUAGAAAGGACCCCUGUUGUGAUCACACUUGCAAAAGAAAAGAAGGGGCUACUUGUAAUGCUGGAAAAUGCUGUAAAAAUUGCCAGCUUCUUGUAGAAGGGGCAAUAUGUAGAGACACUGUAGGCGAGUGUGACCUGCCAGAGUAUUGCAAUGGGACUUCUCCAUACUGUCCGGAGGAUACGCACAUACAAGAUGGGACUGUAUGUGGUGGUGAUGGCUACUGUUUUUAUGGGAAAUGCAACAGUCACAAUAUACAAUGUGAAAAACUCUUUGGCAAGCCAGCAAAAGCUGCUCCAAUAAGCUGCUUCAGAGAAGUGAACAUGAAAGGGGAUCGGUUUGGCAACUGCUGGGACGGUGGGGAAAACAAGACAUUUGAGAAAUGUAAACCAGAAAAUGUAUUGUGUGGGAGGUUACAAUGUGUGGAUGUUAAAAUGCUACCUUGGUUAGAGGAACAUGUGACCAUCAUUCAGACUCUUGUUAGCAAUAUCUGGUGUUGGGGCACAGACCAUUAUUCGUUGGCAGAGUCAGCUGAUUAUGGAUUAAUAGAAGAUGGUGCAACAUGUGCUGCAGACAAGAUAUGUUAUAAUCAAACUUGUUUCAAUCAUUCAGUAUUGCUGCAAUUAUCGUGUUCACCUUCUUCAAUGUGCAAUGGAAGAGGGGUCUGCAACAAUAAUGGGAACUGUCACUGCAAGGAUGGCUGGGCCCCUCCAUUCUGCCAGUUUCCUGGCUUUGGAGGAAGCCGUGACAGUGGGCCUCCACCAGUUUCCAAAAUAGGAAUUCUCAAUUUGAUUAUGCUCAUUGUAGGAAUAGUCCUUGGUGCUAUUGCUAUAAUUGUUAUCCUUGCCAUUCUAAUAUUUAGACGUGCUGCUGUAACACAAGCAGUUAGCAGAACAGUUCAAAACAUUCGGUCUAGAACUCUGUUUUCCCCGAGUGAUAGUAGAAGCCUGCAGAAAGAUGACACAGUUUAGCUUCACAAAGAAAAUACAGAACGGAAAGUCCACUUUUUAGGGGGUCUCUGAGCAGUUGUGGAAAAGCCAAGGUAUUCUUAAAAAACAACUGAUGGUUUCAGAUAGUUUAGGGGGUUCACAUAAAGUUACUUUCUAAAUGCAUACAAUCAAUUUUAUAAUUUUUAAAAGGAGGUGCAAAAAAGUAUGACCCCCAUUGUCACAAUUUCUUUUCUUUUUUUUUUUUGGUCACUUGUAGCAUGACAAAGGGCAAGGAUUUCUGUUUCCUCAGCCUCACAAGUGCAGCACAUAGGCAAUAUUUGUUUCCACCCUUUUAGAGAUAUAAGCAGUAAUAGCAACUUGAUGAUUUUCUCCUUAAAUGACUACUGCAUUUAAGAAGAGUAUCAGACCAUUAGUGCUUAAUACAGGUAUAUGGUGGGGCCAAAAGAGAAGUCUUCCUCCUGAACAGGAUGCAAAGAGACAGUUGAAAGAAGGCAAAAUUAGUUCACAAAAGUGAAAGAAGUGGAAGGACCAUCAUUUAGGGUUACCUGGUAUUGCUUUGCCACAGCCUGGCAGUUCCUACUACAGCAUCUGUGGAUCUAGAUUACUAGACCUAGAGGGUUCCCAUGAAGUUGUUUUAUUACCCAAAACUCCAACAUUAUAUUUCUAUUUUUUAAAUAAUAUGUAAAUAAGUUUACUGUGCAUAGGAAGAAAGAAGUGAAGAUGUUGGCAAAUAAACAACAUGAAAGUUAAA